CAGCCAUCCGUACUGUAAAGCAUUAUGAAGAAAGAGCAAGUUGCUAACUGUCAGUUUUCUCUUUGGUAUCCUUUAUUUAAGAAACAUACCAUUAAAAGCUUGAUUCUUCCUAUCCCUCAGAAUGUAAUCGAUUACCUCCUGGACGAUGGAACAUUAGUGGUUCCUGGAAGCAGCGACAACAACAAUCAACCUUCACUGAACAAUAACAUCAUCUCAGAAGACGGGGACGAUGUCCAGUGGUCUGACGAUGAGACGACGACAGUCGCCACGGCUCCAGAAUUCCCAGAAUUUAGCUCAGAAGUGCAGGAAGCAAUAAAUUCCCUCGGUGGACGAGUCUUCCCCAAACUGAACUGGAGUGCACCACGGGAUGCUAACUGGAUUGCCCUGAACAGCUCGUUGCAGUGUCAGAGUCUCAGUGACAUCUUCCUUCUGUUUAAAAGCUCAGACUUCAUCACACACGAUCUCACACAGCCGUUCCUUCAGUGCAACGACGACUCUCCAGACCCUGUUAUACACUACGAGCUUGUGCUGAGGAAAUGGAGCGAGCUCAUUCCUGGAGGGGAAUUCCGUUGCUUCGUCAAAGAGAACAAGCUGAUUGGAAUCUCUCAGAGAGACUACACGCAGCAUUACCAGCACAUCUCCAAGCAGGAAGCCAGCAUCUCCUCCUCCAUCCAGCAGUUCUUCAGGGAGCACGUUCAGCACCAGUUCCUCAACGACGACUUUGUCCUGGAUGUGUACAGGGACAGCACGGGACGCGUGUGGCUGAUCGACUUCAAUCCGUUCGGGGAGGUGACGGACUCGCUGCUCUUCACGUGGGACGAGUUAACCUCGGGAACUGGCCUCUCGUUACAGGAUGGUCCUGCUUUCCGUUACACUACCAGUGAAGUAACUGUCCAGCCAAGUCCGUGUCUGUCCUAUCGAAUCCCGAGAGACUUCCUCGACCUGUCGACUGGAGAGGACGCUUACAAGCUAAUCGAUUUCCUCAAACUGAAAAAAGGUCAACAGGACGAUGAAGAUGAGGGUGAGGAGGAGGACAAUGGCAAUAAUGCUGCUGCUGAUGAUGAUGCUGAUGAUGAGCAUGAGCCUGAGAUGGCUGGUGUGUGAGACUGACUACGUCCGGUACACCAAGAACUUCUGUUUCCCAUCCUGGAUGUUUUGUUAUUUUUUUCCACUACAUACACAAGUCUAUAAUGUACAGUGUAAUAAAAUCCUACAGCACUCUGGUCUCAUCAACACACACACACACACUUCCCGGCCUGUUAAACACACCCGAGUCUGUUUAGGAUCUUCAGAUUAGUUCAAAUUAAAUCAGUGCUUACAUCAGUUCAUAAAGGUGUAGUAAUAAAAUAAAGAUAUUUAAUCCGUGCAUUUAAAAUGUACACUUGUAAAUGUAACAGAAAUUUGAUUUUGUUCUGAAUAAAAGUACGAGGUUUGCGUAAAAAACGUUACUGUAUUCACUAGCAUUUGUAUAAAUGGGUUAAAAACCGUGUUUUGUUUUAGAGACACUAGAUCGUGUGAUGAAUAAUUUUUGUACAUCGCUAAAGAAAUCAUAAAAUAAUAACAAAGCUUUCAGACAAAGUGCGAGACAAUAGGAUGUCCAGAAGCACUGUGGAGGAUCGGUAGAAAAAAUCUGAAACAAUCUACAUCUCUGUACCUGUGAGACUACUUAAUUUGAGUCUUAAUUUUAUUUCUAUUACCCAUGCUUUAUUUUGUUUUUGCUUAAUAAUGUUUAAUUUCAGUUUAAUAAUAAAGUUAUUAGAACUUAAUAAUGUUUAAGUUUGAAAUGUGCCAUAUUGUGCUCCUUCCUCCUUAUUAACAAGUUAACAGUCGGUCCUGGAGGGGGAAAAAAUCAUCAGUUUCACUCUAGUUUUAGCUUUA